GUAAUUCAAUGAAGGCACGAAACCAACUAUUUGACGUAACUACAUAGUGUGCAAAGGACGGUUUUGUACUUGUUUUUUCAAGAAUAUACUUAUCCAAGGUUUCUAUUAGCAGUAAUAGCAUCACUGGGUUAGAUACUUUAUGCUUAAUGGCUUCCAUGCGUAUAACUUCAUUUAUUCGAUUUGGUUUCAUGGUAAUUGGUGUAACAGGCGCUGCAUCUGGCAUUAGAUACAUCCACAAAAUUUACUUUUCGGAUGCUCGUGAUAAAAACAAGCAUCUUGUUUACCUAGCUGCCAUUGCCCUGUCAAGCGAGGUCGUCAAACGGACUCUUUCUGAUUCUGAUUUUCGUCGUACAUCAUCCCAGUUUGGUAUGAAGUUACUACUACACAAGGAUACGUUGGAAGCCCUCAAAGCCUUUGCUAUCACAGAGUUUACCCAUGACACAUCUACCAGGGGAUCUCUAAGGAGUUUUGUUAUUAAUGACAUUAUUCGUGAUCCUUGGGUUAAAGAGGAGCUCAUUGAUCUGGUAAAGGAUGUUGCAACGGAUGUUAAAGAGGACCCUGAGAUAUCCCGCAACCGAUUUCUUUCAUGCCUGCGUGAGUGUACUAUUGCUUCUUUACAUUCUCCCUCCCUUGAAAGCGACCUAAAAAUGAAGCUCACAAGAGCGUCAUGGGAGGCUUUGAUAGGGCCUCCGCCGAUCGGUACUGAGUACAUUCAUUUCUAGAAAAUAUGUGUUUGUUCGGAUUCUUUUGCUCUUUUUGUGAGUGUGGAUUUGAAGUUCCACUAUUUUAGUUUGUUCAUAUUCUUACCAAAUAUGGAAUUGUUACAUUGUACAAUACAAAUGCUCUACACAGAAUGUUAAAAAAAACUUACGCUCCAAUAAAGAACCUGUCUCUGACUAGAAUGAAUUCUUUCCCAAUGUUUAACAAUACUUUCA